UGUGAGGCUAUCGUUCCCCCUGAUACCAAAGCCACCCCACUCACAUCAAGAACCAGCUAUUUAAAAACUUCAUUUCACAAAAAAAGAAAAAAGGAAAAUAAAUAAAUAAAAGGCAACUUAAUUAUUCUGCUCUUGUUCCUUCAAUCCUCCUCCAAGCACAAUCUUCUUCACUUCACUUGCUACUAUGAACUGAAACAUUUUAAAGGUAUACGCGAUAACCGUUAGUGUUUCUUGUUUGGUUUUUCAGUUUGAGAAUAUGGUUUCGCUGGAGGAAUCUGGCUCCAACAACACUAACCGUUUUCCGUUGGAGAGGAGCUACCACUCCGUGUCGGCGAUUUCUCCCAAAACGCACCGUCGUAUAGGGAGGUCUAUGCGAACCAUACGCUCCAACUUUUUUCAAGACGAUAACAGCAGCAACAGUUGCUACUCUUUUACUGAGAAAUCCACGUGCUUAUCGGAGAACCUCUCCGACUCCGUCGUCGACCUCCGCCUCGGCGAGCUCGCCUCCAGGAACGUCAUCAAGCCUACUUCACCCGUCCCCGAUGAGGAACUUCUUGACCUCUCGCAUGCCUUCAGUGACUUCUCCGCCUGCAGCAGUGACAUCUCCGGUGAGCUCCAGCGCCUCGCAUGCUUACCGUCGCCGGAAUACGUCCAGAAGAGCAACGACGCUGGCAACGGAGGUAACCAGGAACAGGAGACGGAGCCAGAGCCUUGCGUAGGGUUUUUGCAGAGGGAGAAUUUCUCCACGGAGAUCAUCGAGAGCAUCUCGCCGGAGGAUCUUCAGCCAACAGUGAAGCUCUGCAUCGACGGCCUCCAGUCGCCGUCGAUCGCCGUGAAGCGAUCGGCAGCCGCCAAGCUCCGUCUCUUAGCGAAGAACCGCGCCGAGCCGAUAACCAAUGCCGGCGCCGUGAAGUCGCUGAUCUACGUGCUCAAGACAGGAACAGAAACCUCGAAGCAGAACGCAGCGUGUGCGCUUCUCAGCUUAGCGCUUGUGGAGGAGAACAAGAGCUCGAUCGGCGCAUCCGGCGCGAUUCCGCCACUGGUGUCGCUGCUGAUGAACGGCUCCAGCCGCGGGAAGAAGGACGCGCUGACGACGCUGUACAAGCUGUGCUCGGUGAAGCAGAACAAGGAGCGGGCAGUGAGCGCCGGCGCGGUGAGGCCUCUGGUAGAGCUUGUGGCGGAACAGGGGUCUGGCAUGGCGGAGAAGGCUAUGGUAGUGCUGAACAGCCUAGCAGCUAUUCAAGAAGGAAAAGACGCAAUCGUGGAGGAAGGUGGAAUCGCUGCUCUGGUUGAAGCGAUCGAAGAUGGUUCGAUGAAGGGAAAGGAGUUCGCCGUAUUAACGCUUCUUCAGCUGUGUAGUGAGAGUGCUAUCAACCGAGCGUUUCUUGUGAGGGAAGGCGCCAUUCCUCCUCUCGUUGCUCUUUCCCAGUCCGGUACUGCUCGAGCUAAGCACAAGGCUGAAACACUCCUUCGAUAUUUGAGAGAAUCAAGACAAGAAGCAUCGUCUUCAAGUUCUUAAGGUGGAGUUAUUACUACUACUACUUAGGGAGGUAAUUAAUUAUACAAUGUAAUUGGUUAUUGUAUAUAUAGUGUUUUGCUUGUUUGUACAGUGUGUCCAACAUAGUUUGAACGAUGUCUAUUGAAUUUAGAAGCAGCUUAGCGAGUUAUAAUAGACUGACACCUUAGAUGCAUGGAUUUUAGCUAGGUUUGGGAUUUUGCUUUCCCUUGUUCAAUUUGUUAUGUUUCCCUGGAGCUACCUGGUU